GACGCCUUGGUAUCGGCGCUUUUGCACCUGCUCAGCGGCCGUUUACUAGCAAUCUACCCGCUUUUUACCCACCCUGCACACUGCUCUGUUCCGCCCACACCUUUUGCGUCAUCCUUAUCCCUCAUACACUUACCACCCUACCUGCUCCCCCUUCCCGUAACGCCGCGCCGCUUCGCUUCAGGUGGCAACAAUAGUCACUCGUAGUCUGGCACUCACUCCUAUCGACCCCGCGGAGUAUCCGCAGCUACCCAGCUCACACCCACUGCCCUAGCCGCCUUUCCAUACUCACCCCAGCUUUCGCAAUGGCCGGCACAGCCAACGAUUUCCAGAAUGGCGCGCCCUUCUAUCUAGACGCCACGCAGCAAGACUUGCUCCUCGCUGCCCUCGCUUCCAACAACCAGAACCCCAACGACCUCUUCUCCGCAGGCCUCCACAAUGGUCACCACAGCAAGCAAUCCAUUGACGACGCCCAGUUUCAGUAUCCCGUCGACGCCCUCGACCCCGCCUACUUCACCUCGCCCCAGCAAUCCACAGGUGGUACCGGCUUUAGCAACGUCGGCAUCGAAGAGAGCCCCUUCAUCGACUACCUCGACGGCGACAACGGCUUCGAUUUUGAAAAUGCCGACGGCGACAUGAUUGGCGCCCUUCCUGGCGACACCCCCGGCGACUCGAGCGAGAAGCGCAAGAGUCCUGGUGACGAAGAAGCUGAAGACGACGAGGGAGGCGGCAAGCGCAGAGAAGGCGAGGACAAGCAAGCUAAGAAGCCAGGUCGCAAGCCGCUGACUUCCGAGCCUACAACUAAGCGGAAGGCCCAGAACCGCGCUGCUCAGCGGGCUUUCCGGGAACGCAAGGAAAAGCACCUCAAGGAUCUCGAGACCAAGGUCCAGGAGCUCGAAAAGGCCUCUGAUGCUACAAACCACGAGAACGGCUUAUUGCGCGCGCAGGUACAAAGGCUGCAGAUGGAACUUCGCGAGUAUCGGAAACGCCUGUCAAUGAACAGUAGCGCCCUCAGCCGUACCCCACCCCUCACUGGAGGUUUCAGCUCCAUGCUCAAUAACAACACCGCCGUCAACAACUUUUCCUUUGAUUUCCCACGUUUCGGCGGGCUUCCAGGCGCUCAGCUCCUCGACAACGGCUCACUGACCAAGAACAAGAACGCUUCCGUGUCUUCGAGCGUAUCGGGACGACACAAUAGUACCGGACGAGACCUCAGUCCGAACAGCAACACCAACGGUUCCACUACCGACUCUCCCGCCCCAAUGAGUGCAGGAGCAAAGACUCAGCGCUCUGGCAGCUUGAACGGUUUCUUUGGCUUCAGCAACAACAGCAGCAGCACAUCAAACGCUGGAGCCACCCGCAGCAACACUACAAGCUCUAUGGGAUCGCAAUCGCGUGUUUUCCAAUUCAACGGCGGUUCAUCUAAUCACUCGGACUCGCCUUCGAAUUCUUCCACAUCGCCCACCAACCAAAACUCGUCCUGUGGCACAUCCCCAGAACCAAGUCAUGCUUCGCCCAACCAGCAGGCAGACACAGUCACAGACGGCUAUGUGUGCCAUGGAAACUCCGAAGGUGAGGUGCUCUUCUGCGAAAAGCUCAACAUGGCCUGUGGAAAUCCUCGUAACCCCAUGCCUCGUGCCAUGUCUCAAUCUGACGCCAAACCUUCUCCCGCAGUCUUAUCCGCCAAAUCCCCAACUCCUGCCGUCAGCGGCAUCGACUACCUCGCGAACCAAAACGGCGGCCAAUUCGACCCUACUCUCUUUGGCGAGUACCGCGAUACCCAAAACGCCAUUGUUGGCGACGGCGACUUCACCGGUGGCUUCUUCAACGACGCAUUCCUCAACACUGGUUAUGUCAGCCCCUUCCACUUUGGUGAUACACCAGCCGUGCAGAAGCCAAACCCUCUCGAGGAGAUUGAGCGUGCACAAGACGGCCAAGACGGUGACGACGAGGUGGUUCCAGGCGAGGAUGUCAACUCGCUUCUCAACUGCCAUAAGAUUUGGGACAAGCUCUCAAGUCGUCCAGAUUUCAAGGACGGCACUAUCGACAUUGAUAAUCUAUGCAGUGAGCUCCGUGCCAAGGCCCGUUGUUCUGAGAGCGGCGUCGUAGUCGACCACAAGGAUGUCGAAGAAGCUUUGAAGCGGUUACCCAAGGAGAACAAUACUCUUGGAUAAUCGUUUUCAUCUGACUGAAAAAAAUUAUGUGCAUUGGGUCGGAUGGUUUAACGGCGCAAUGAUGGUUGAUACCUCUGUCUGCGAGUUUUGAAAAACUCCCAGCUCACAAUUCUCUUCUUUUCAACAUUCUGAGUCUUUUUUUUCUCAUUGGGUUGCGCUGCAAACUUGUCAUACUUCCACUCGUUCUCUAGUUCCUCUAUGCUCUCAAUUUGGUUUGUGUGGCACCAUGCUGUAUCAUGUCUUUGUGAUUUUGAUCUUGGUAUGAAAAUUCCAUUGUAAUGUCUGGGCUCCUUUUUCGGUUUGAUGGCAGAGGGCUGGCUUAUAUGAUGAAAUGAUAUGAUGUAUAGUUCCUGAAAUAAAGUUUAUGUUUUUGGACCUUGUUACACUCCGGAGGAUGAUAAACUGUUGAAAAGGUUUGCGUUUAAGUUUUUUGACAUGCUCAAA